AUGUUGACGUCUUUUCUUCAGUCCUUGCCCCGACUCGGACGAAGAUGGACACCUCUCAACUUCACCAAUCCGAAUUUCAUUCAGCUAUCAACGAGCCAGGCAAUCGAGGAGGAAACCAUUCCGGGCUAUAUUGCGGGUCGGUAUUAUCCUACUCGAAUAGGGGAAAUACUCAAGGACCGGUACCAAGUUGUGGGAAAAUUGGGAUUUGGAGCCAGUUCAACCGUGUGGCUAGCACGUGACAUGGACUAUCGUCGCUAUGUCACUCUCAAGAUUUUCAUAAAGUCCACAUCGAUAGGGCAGCAACUGGACGACGAGCUGAAGAUAUACAAACGUAUCGAAGGGGCUCCCCAGAAACAUCCAGGUCGCAAGUACGUCAGAUCUUUGCUGGACUCCUUUGACGUCAGCGGGCCUGAAGACAAACAUCGAUGUCUCGUGCAUCCUCCAUUGUGGGAGAGUGUGUUGGAUUUUCUAUUCCGCAACCCGGUACAGAGACUACCUACACCGAUCUUGGCAGUGACACUUCAUCGUCUAUUUCUUGCAUUAGACUAUCUGCAUACAGAAUGCAAGAUCAUUCAUACUGAUAACAUUAUGUUCGGCAUUGCUGAUGAUUCCGUUCUCAGUGAUUUUGAAAACAAUGAGCUGCAACACCCCUGUCCUAGGAAGGAGUUAGAUGGAAGAACAAUAUAUACCUCCCGCGAGCUCAGAAUGCCUAAAAACCUAGGCGCGCCUAUCCUCUGCGAUUUUGGCUCGGCCGUGAUGGGUGACGAAGAGCACUCGGAAGACAUUCAGCCGGAUAUCUAUCGAGCACCGGAAGUGAUCUUGCAAGCUCCAUGGUCAUAUAGCGUUGAUAUAUGGAACGUGGGAUGCGUGAUUUGGAACCUUUUCGAAGGGGGGUUGCUGUUUAGCGGCCAGGACCCAGAGUUUCAGACCUACAGAAGUCGGGCUCAUCUUGCCGAAAUGAUACGCCUACUCGGUCCGCCAUCGCCAAGUUUCCUUGCCCGGGGGAAUCUGACACAAAAGUUCUUUUCACAGGAAGGUAAUUCAUCUAUCUAUCCUUUCCCUAUUUAUAGAAAGUGUCAUUUAUUGACUACUUCUGCUAUCCUAGGUGACUUGUGCGCCGGAGAAUUGGUGGGAGAACACAUCCCGCUCGAGCAAAGAGAGACUAGUCUCGAGGAAGAGGAAAAAGAAAUGUUUCUCCGCCUAGUGCGAAAAAUGCUACAAUGGGAGCCAGAAAAGCGAAGCUCUGCUAUCGAACUCGAACAGGAUGAGUGGGUGCAAGCAGAAUUACAUAAAUAA